AGGAUCAUGAUGGCUCGCCAGUCUGGAGUCUUCUACCUGACUCUUGUUCUUAUCUUGGUUACCAGUGGACUGUUCUUCGCAUUUGACUGAACAUACUUGAGUUUUAAAAAGGAAAAAAAUAUAUUGUAUCUCUGAAAGAAGUCCCAGCAAGAUAAUAAGGAACUAGCUGUUUACACUUAAAAUCAAACUAUUGCUUCAUCUCCUUCAAGUGAGCUGCUCUAUAUUAAGGUAUGUAUGGACCACCUUAUUAGUCUGCCAGUAGAUGUAGUCUGUAGAACUGUGCAGUUUGCACUUGGUUGCAUGAUCUGCUCAGGAUGUUACUGCUUGUUUUACUUAGAUAAAAGUUAAAACUUCAUCCAAGAGUUGAAAAACUUUCUGUGAUUAGACUAGCCAGACAAACAUUUCACAAUAUUACUCUUCUCAGCCAUUGUUCCAACAUUCUUCCUUUUGUUGAUAGAAGGGUUUUAAAAAAAUUUUUUUAAAAGGAAACAUACAUUUUGGAAAUUACCUGUUCAUCAUAAAUACCUUACUUCUCUUUUGAGGGGUGAAGAGGAUUGUUUCUGACCUUUCACAACAUUGGUUAGCUUCAAGGUCUUGUCUGCUCACCUUUGUAGCACCUGGUAUUCAUGUGCCUGUGGAAUGUGCAAAUAUGUAAAUUCAGUAUUUUUAAAAAAUAAAAAGCUGUAACUGACCAAGAAAUAGUGUGUAAAUAUGGGAUAUGUGUAACAUGCCUGCAAGUGAUGAAAUGUGAGAAGAAGUGCUAGUAUGCACACCUUUUCUUGUUUCAUUUCUACCUUGUGCCUGGUUGUACUGUGGUGUCAUAAAGUUGUGUUUAUGGAAGGCUUGCUGGCUUCAGGAUAAUAUAAUGUGUAAUAAUUUUGCUUUGCAGUGGUUUCAGUAUUUAUGACAGAUGCUGUUACGCUCAGAUCUUGAUUUGGGCUUCCUAUAGGCAUCUGGUUGGCCAUUUUCAGAACAGGGUACUAUACUAGAUGGGCCACUGGCUUGAUCGUUCAGGCUUUUCUUAUGUUCUGAAGUGGAGCUUUUAAUUUAUAGCAUGUAGAAAUGUUUUCUACAGGUAUGCAGUUUGGGCCUCAAUAGGGGAAAUGGUGGUAAUUGUAAAUCCUGAUAUAAUUUUCCCAUUAAAAGCUUUGAUAGCUCAUUUAGUAGAUAAGAUUAUAUGAACUGAACUGUGAACAAUUCUUUCAUGCAGUGGAAACAUUUUGAGAAGGAAGUUUGCAGGGUCCACUUAUUUGUUUAUCUCAGUUAAAAUGCUGAACAUUAAUAUCUGACAUACAGUUCUAGCGCCUACUUGUUUUUUUAAAAUAUACAUUAACGUUUGGAACAAACGAAUAGCAAAUGGUUAAACCAACCAUUUUUAUUAGAAAGUCCCAUUGAUACAGUGGACCUACUCUUGAGUAAACAUAAACAUAAUCGCACUUAAAAGUAUUUUUCAUGCUUGUGGACAAGUUUUUCCAUAGGAGCAGGUUUUUGGUGGAGUCACUGAUCCCUUUUUCAUUGAUAGAAAGAGAUGUGUCUUUUCUUUCCCGCCCUUCCUCCCAAAGGACCCCACUGUGUAAAUAUAAGGGAUGAACUAGACAGAAAUGACUGAAAGAGAUUCUUGGCAAAAUUAGUAUUUUAUAUCUCCAGAUAAGUGAUCUUGUACAUUUGGCAUGUUAUCAUCUCUGAUUUGCAGAAAUUGAAAGAGUUUUUUGAGAAACAACUGGUGGUAACUUCAAAUUUGCAUAAACAGAUGGGUCUGGUUUUUUGUUUUUGCACCUAUCUGUUAAAAGCAUAAUGUGUGAUAUAGCUCUGGAAACACUUGCCAUGUAGAUGGACAUUAUUGUUGGGAGACUAUUGGUCCAACACAAAGUAGGAGGAUAAAUACCACGUCCAAUAUUUUCAGCUGCAGGAAGGUAAUGCCCUAGUUGCCUUUCAUUUAUCCUGCUUUGUUGUUGUCUGUUGUUGUUUUAGUCUCAUCAAGCAUUCUGAUAUGCACCUUUCAGAGAGAUAGACUUAAUGGAUUUUUCAGUACAUCAGCUUUUGAGUGAGUAAUGAGAAAAUGUGCACAGGAAACCCAAAAAUACCUCCACUUUUAAGUGACCACUCACUCCUUCAUGAAUGUACCAGUUUGCUGAUGCAUGGGAACACUGUACGACUUCAGGAUUCACUUGAAAAGUUAUAAAGCAAAGAUGUUGUCCUAAUUUGUAAGUGGUGUGAUGUGUAUUGAGAGAGGCUAAUCUGUAGUAAAGUAGAUUUCAAGUAAUCUGCAUAAUAAUAAAAUGGGACACCAACUCUGUGAAUCUGAUGGCUAAAAGACAAACCAUAUGUAUGUCAUGAGGAACUAAAGUCAUCACCUAGUUACUUUACCAUUAUUUGCAUGUAAGGAUCAAUUUGUUUCAAAUGUCCUACAUGCAAAAAGCAAAAUACUGUCUUGCUCUGUUAGGACUCUUGUUUUGAUUUGAUGUCAUAAGGUUGGCAAUUAUUUUCUAUCACUCUAAUGUUGUUGUCAUUUAUAUGGAGCUGCAAUUUAAUUUGAUUUAGGCCUAUUGAUAUCCAAUCUUAUCAAAACACGUCACAGAAGUAACUCAUUUCUAUUCCACAUAAUUGUUUAUGGUUUUCCAUAUCUUUGUACACUAUGCUGCUUGUUAAGAAUGUUUUGCAAUAAAUACACAAGCACAUGCUGCUAAUUUUUUUCUAGGACACACCAUUUAGCACUGGUAUAAUCUGUUACUGAUGCAAGUGCACCAAUAUUAAGUAACUUGCAAUGAUUCCCCCUCUUUAUUUUUUCAUACAAAAAAGUAAAUGCAUGUGGUAGAAGUUCUGAGCAUCAUAUGUGUGUGAACGUGAAGGUAUAGUGGCAUACAGGAACAGGUUAUUAAAAGCAGUUAUGGAAAUUUAAUGAGCAUUGUGUGAUUUAUUAUCACAUAGUAUACAGAGUAGUGCCUUUCUUGGUAGGAUAUAUUUUAAAAUUGUGGACAUUUAAUAAUUAAGCUCUCAAAACAUCUUUCUCGCACGGUAAAAUGUGUAUUCUUGUUCUGCAAAGAGGAAUCUGAAAUGCUUUAAAGCAGGCUUUUUUCUCUCAUGUACUCUAGCAGAGUGGUUCCCAACCUUUUUGGUAUGGUGACCCACAAGUCCAAAUUUACUUGGUAUCCACCAAUUUAUUGUCACAUGAAUUUUGGACCUUAGGUUUGGCAGCUGUCAGUUUCAUUCAUUUUUCACUGCAAGUUUUAUUUUUAUAACCAUUAUUUGAAACAUCCAAGCAAAAAUUUACUUCACCCCUAUUAACGUGGAAUUUGUUGGAAUAUUUAUAGUGCUUAUAAAGUUAUUCUCCUUUUUAAUGGAAAUGUAAGAACACCAAUAAUCUGAUCACAGGAUAUUACUUUAUAAAAUAUACAAUUUAUUCUAAAAACAUAAGAUUACACAAGCAGUGUUAGAUAUAACAAACUAUGAAUAUUUUAAAGAGUUUUAUUAAUGAUAAAGUCCAUUUUAACAAAUAUCAGUGGGAUGGCUGAGCUUGCAUUUUGCCAACAAGUGGGUCAAUGUAGGGUUUGAAGGUUGUCAGAUGUAGUCUCAGAUCAUUAUCACUCCAUAGUCUCCUACUGUAUUUAGUCUUCAUAGUAGUCAUUGCUGAAAAAUCUGUCUCAUAAAGGUAUGUACUACCACAUGGUAGCAUGACAGAUAUUGCUUCAUUAGCAAUCUCAGGAUACUCAGUGGUAAAUGAAUAAUUUUGGUAUCAUUAAGCCAAAAUUUGGAUAACCUCACUUCCAAAAAAUUAUCUUAGAGGGUCCUAUCUUAUUAUGAGUUCUUUAUAUGUACGGACAAAAACAACUUUGUGUUGUCAGUUUCAACUAGGUUUUACAUCCACUCAUACUUUUGUUUCUUUAACAGAAAAGUAGUGGACAAAUUUUGACAAAACAAACUUCAGAUCAUCUUUCAACUAGGUUUUACAUCCACUCAUACUUUUGUUUCUUUAACAGAAAAGUAGUGGACAAAUUUUGACAAAACAAACUUCAGAUCACCUUUGGCUUAACUAUUAACUAACCCUGGUGGCAGAUCUGGUGACAGUCUGCCACAGAGUGAUUGUACAGUACAGGAGUUGUUUGGAAUGACUAUUAUAGUUCACCUCUGAUGUACAAGUGUUACCUUCAGCACCUUGAGCAUUAGAGGCAAACUAAUAUUUACCCCCAUGCCAUUCCAAUGCUUCCCAUAAGCUCAUUUCAAAACAAACCUUUACAAAACUUAUAGUCCUGAACUCAGAAACACUUGCUUAACAACCCUCUCAAUUUUCAUGGCGAUGAACAAAACAGUCAGAAGGAAUCGAGAGUUCAAAGUCGAGAGAGAGAGAGAGAGAAAACAGAGCCCUUUUGGGCUUUUUUCUCUCAGAGUUCUCAUAAUCUGUUGAAAUUCAUUUAAAAUCAGCCAUGUUCACAGAGGACCUGUAAUCCUGUUACUGACCUUGCCCCAUACUCUGACCUUCAUCUUCUGUAGUUUGAAAGUUAAAAAAAUGUGUGGCUGAUCUUUAAUUAAUUUAAUAAAUUUUGCAUUGAUCUGAAUAAUAAUGUCGGACAUGCUCAGUAAGAACCAACUGUCAGUGUUCUAAAAGCCAGACUCACAGCUGCUUGGCUUGCCUAAUCAGGGGGCCACACCACACCAUACUUUGAUUUCAUGUGAGACAGUCAUGGCUUCCCUCAGAGAAUCCUGGGAAGUGUAGUUUGUGAAGGGUGCUGAGCGGAGACUCCUAUUCCCCUGAGAGAGCUCCAGUAGUUUAACAGCUGCUCUGAUUGAACAGCCAGAGUAGUUUAACAGCUGCUCUGAUUGAAGCUCUGUGAGAGGAACAGGGCAUCUCCUAGCAACUCUCAGUACCCUUCACCAACUACACUUCCCAGGAUUCUUUGAGAAGAGCCAUGACUGUCCAAAGUGAAAUAAAGGUCUGGUGUGGAUGUGGCCAGGGACAUCUUUGGUUUAAAUUUGGGUGGGAGGCUACAUGUGCCUGUUGUAGAAUAAAAAAGUGGGGGAAACCUGAAAAGCAAUGCAAUUGUUCAUAAUGUUUUCCUUUUGGAAAAGAAAGGGGCUUCCCCUCUGCCCAGUGCCCACCCAUCCAAUCUCCUUCCCUCCUCCUACCCUCCCUGCUCCUCCCCCAGGUCAGUGUUGGACUAUGACCUGAGACACCAGGGUUCAAAUCCCCACACAGCCAUGAAGCUUGUUGGGUGACCUAGGGCCAGUCACUGCCUCUCAGCCUCAGAGGAAGGCAAUGGUAAAACCACCUCUGAAUACCAUUUACCAUGAAAACCCUAUUCAUAGGGUCUGCAUAAGUCGGGAUCGACUUGAAGGCAGUCCAUUUCCAUUUUCAAACAUGAUUGCACAGAAAUAAAUCCCAUUGAACUCAAAAAGCAUGCAACUGAUCAAACACAUCUCCUUUCUACUCCCUCCUAUUCCCUCCCUCUUGCCCCUUCCCUCCCCCUCCAAUCCCCUCCUUCCCCCUCCCCAUGGUCAGUUUUACCUAUCUUAAGCAUGAUUGCACGGGAGUAAGUACUACUGAACUCAAUAAGCAUGCAAAUGAUCAAACCUGCCCUCCCCCUCCAAUCCCCUCCUUCACCCUUCUCUUCCUCCUGCUCCCAUCUCCCCUCCCCUGCUUCUCCCCCCCUCUCCUCUCCCCUCCCCUGCUUCUCCCCCAUGGUCAGUUUUACCUAUCCUAAUCAUGAUUACAUAGGAGUAAACCCCAUUAAACUCAAUAAACAUGCAAAUGAUCAGACCUAGCUUUCCACUCCUUCCCCUCUCCCUUUCUCCUCCCCUCCCCUUUUCCUUCUUCCUCCUUCCCUGCCCACUGCAGCUGUCCCUCCCUUCCCCCGAUCAGUUUUACCUAUCCUAAGCAUGAUUGCAUGGGAGUAAAUCCCACUGAACUCAAUAAACAUGCAAAUGAUCAAACCUGUCCUCCUCCCCUCCCCCUCCUGCCUGCUCCCAUUUCCCUCCUCCCCUCCCCAUCCCCUGUGAUCAGUUUCACCUAUCCUAAGCAUGAUUGCAGGGGAGCUAAUCCCACUGAACUCAAAAUGGAAAUGGACUGCCUUCAAGUCGAUCCCGAUUUAUGGCUACCGUAUGAAUAGGGAUUUCAUGGUAAGCAGUAUUCAGAGGAGGUUUACUAUUGCCUCCCUCUGGGGCUAGUCCUCCCCAGCUAGCUAGGUCCUGCUCAGCUUGCCACAGCUGCACAAGCCAGCCUUUCCUUGUCUGCAACUGCCAGCCAGGGGACAACUGGGCUUCUUGGGACUAUGCAGCUUGCCCACAGCUGCACAGGUGGCAGGGCACGUAACCCCUGAGCCACUCACUGGACUCCCAGCCAGGCUCUCCUCCCCACUGUGCUAUACCAGCACUGAACUCAAUAAGCAUGCAAAUGAUUAAUCCAUUCUCGGCAAGCUUGCACAAGAUCCCAUUUCUUAUCUCCCAGAUUAAAAAGAGAAAUUCACUAAUAGACAAAAAAGCUUGUGGUUUAAGAAUGUAUCUAUAGCCAACAGAUAUUUCUAUCAAACUAUAAAAAGCAGGGAAAUUGGGCAGCUAUAAUAAUGAAUGCACCAGGGGAGCAGGAAACCUGACCUUCUCUCUGAGAUACUGUACUGCCCUACAAAUUUGUCAAAAUGCAAACCCAAUUUGGGUUGGUCUUUCACAGUCCAAUUCACUUCCUGUGUAGCUUGGAAGAAUUUGGUAAUGUGCCUCUGAGCAUGUGGUGAGUAGGUUUUUCCGUAUGCAUUUUUUAUGAGAUCUUAUUAAAUGUGGUUAUUAUAAAAUGAAUUCUUUAGUCCUGUUGAAAUCUGUCUCCAAUCUGGAAUAUUUUUCUAAAUACAUUUCCCCUCUACUUGGGCUAUAGUACAUCUAGUUGUUUUUCACACGCCCGUUGGGUAACCUUUGUUAUAUUAGUUCUUUUUUUAUUGAGUGGAAUUCCUGGCCAAGCCUUCUAGUUCCUGUUCAACCCCAGUCAAUAUGGUCAGGUAUAAUGGGCAUCGGACAGCACCAGGUUGGGGAAGACUGGAUUAGUUUUAAAAGGUUUCAUGCAACUUCUUACCUAACAAGGUUGACAAUGCAACUGAUAAUAAGCCACUUCUAGUUCCCUCUACACAUCCUGGAACCAGUGGUGCUGAUGUAGGAAGUAGUCAUAUCAUCUACCAGACGUAUGUAGUGCCUGGAUUCAGAUCAUACAGGCUGUUGCUGCCUCAGUCUCAUUUCUUUGUGAAUGUGUUGGGUUCAGAUGUUACAAUCUGCUCCGGUUUUGUAGAUACUGCUUAAGCCUUAGUUUUCCUGUUGUAAUAUCAUGGGAGGCUGGAUUUUAAAAAAUCUUCCUUGAAUCUAGGUUUGUAAGGGAGUGGGAGAGAAGGGAAUGCAUGAUCACAAGGCCAAUAAGAAAUGUUUUAUCAAACUAAGGUUAUUGUGGUCUGAGCCAGGCCAAUAACUUAAAAGUAGUAAUAAAGACUGUAAAGAUGCAGUCCUUGGAUUAUUUUGAAAUAAAACCUAAUUGCUGUUCUAUAAGCACAUGAUUUUGAGAUUUGUUUAAUUACAUAUAGGAACACAUUGAAAAACAGUACAUCUUAAUGACACUUUCUUGUAAUGGAAACAUGAUUAAAAUGUUUGUGUGAAUAUUUUAUAGCAUCUACCCAUACAAGCCUUUAUGUACUGUUUGAGACAUUAGUGGAGACACAUUAUAUAUUAACAAUGGGUGCUUCCAUGUCUUUGUUCCUUACUCAGUGAUACUACACUUCUAGUAAAUGACUUAUUGUUCUUGAAAUUCUAUUGUUUGUAAUGGAACAGAUGAACAAAAAGCUGCAAGAGGACAGUUUCUUUUCUUUUAUUAAAAAUAGUGCAAUAGUGUUGUAUCUUUCCUGACACCAAUAUAUACCAUUCUCUCCUCCCCUGAGUCUAAUUAGCAAAAAUAAUCAGGAUAUUUGUGAUACUUUUAAUGCAGAAGUAAGUUAUGUACUUUAGACCAGUGAUACUAUCUUGUUUAUAAAGAUGUUUGCAUUUUCUAAAUGUGGUGUGGUGAUCCUUUUGUAAUGCACGAAAGGUAUGUGGUGGUGAAGCUUCAAGUAGUGAUAUAGCAACCUGAAUGGCAUUCUACUUCUGACUAAAUGUGCAGAGCAUAAGCUUGUUAUUACAAACACACUCUUUCAUCAGAAAAAUAAAUUUAAAACAUCAUGGAAGCACCCUCGGUCAAAACACUGGCAUCUCCUGGAUUAUGUAAUUGUCAGUGCCAGAGAUCAUCGUGUUGUACUCCUCACUAGGGCCAUGAUGAGUGCUGAUGACUGCUGGACAGAUCACCGAUUAAUUCGAUCCACUAUGGCCAUUAAUAUUGCUCCUCAAUGUAGGCUCCAAGGAAGAAAACCAAGGCAUAAAAUGAACAUCCAUGCCGUUCAAGAUCCUAUUAAGCAAGCCUGCUUUCAAACAACUCUCAAGAAACAUCUACCGAUGGAACUCCUUGAAAAUGUCGAGGAACACUGGAUUAAACUGAAGAUAUCCAUUAUUGCAGCAUGUGAACAAACUAUUGGAUACCAAACUAAGAAACAUCAGGAUUGGUUUGAUGAGAAUGAUAGUGAGAUUGAACAUAUCAUUGACAAGAAAAGGAAAGCCUUCCAGAUAUGGCAGAAAGACAUUAAUUGUGCUGCUAAGAAAAAACUCUAUGCCAGUGCAAAGGCUAAGGUCCAAAGAAGAACUAGAGAACUUAAGAAUGCCUGGUGGAUAAAGAAAGCUCAAGAAAUCCAGCCCUUUGCAGAUGCUUACAAUGCACUGGGCUUUUUUAAUGCCACAAAGGCCAUCUAUGGACCAACAAAUUACGGUACAAAUCCCUUACGUUCAAUGGAUGGUAGCAAACUCCUUAAGGACAAAGAGUCUAUUGCACUGUGUUGGAAAGAGCAUUACCACGACCUCCUUAAUCGUAACUCUAUUAUGGCUGAUGAGGUCUUCUUGCAAAUUCCACAACAACAAACUAGAGACAAGCUUGCAGUAUCCCCUAAUUUGGGUGAAGUCAGUAAAGCCAUCAAUCAAAUGAAGAACAACAAAGCUAGUGGCCCCAAUGGGAUUCCUGCUGAAGUCUUUAAAGAAGGUGAGCCUGAACUUACACAACAACUUCAUAAGCUCAUCGAAAAAAUCUGGAUAAGGGAGGAGAUCCUGGAAGACUUAUUAUCACCCUUUUUAAGAAGGGUGAUAGAACAGAUUGUGGGAACUAUUGAGGUUCCUCUCCUUGCUACUGUAAGGGUUAAUGGACGCCAUUAGCAAAGAAGGAUUCAGCACGUAGACCAGAAGGAGGCGCAAGCGCAGAGGAUUGUUCUAGGAAUGGAAAAUUACCAGCUAUACAGUUAUGUUUUGUGCAACACACUCACCAAUGUAUCUUUUCUGUUGUCUGUAACCCAAUAAAAGAGCUGUGCCUCAACUGUCAGGAGGCACAGUUUUGGUGGACAAAUCCCGCUGUGCCCUUGCUAGCAAUAAAGUUAUCUGAUGAACCGAACUUGGGCCUGAGACUCCAAUUCUUACCUUAACAUUUGGCGCCCGAACAGGGACAUAAGGUCAAGGGUAUUCCCCCUUGUCCUACAGCGGAGUUCUCGGUCAGGGAUAUUUCCCCUGCACCUUCCUUGGACCGCGCGGUUACCCGGAUCGCUUCACUACUCUGCAGGGAGCGCGCCUUCAGCAGUUGCUGAUGCCUGGCUGGGCUAGGGAGGAGGCCGGGGAGCGACACGGAACCAACGGAGGCCUUCCAGAAGUUCGGUCCAGAUCGCUUUAAACCAGUACCGGAGGUGUUCACCGUCAGGCGAGUAUUAAGGGAUCCCUUUCUGUUCUGUCCUGUUUCUGCCUGCCAGCCGAUCCCAGUGGAUCGAAGGGGGGUCUGAUCAACCUCCAUUUCUGUUUCUCUGUCGGGAGGUUUGGGAAGGGGGGUUUCUUGUCAUGUGCUUGGUGAGUGUGUGACUGACCGCUCGAUUUCCACGUCUGGCCGUUGGACGUACUAGUCCUGGGACGCCUUUGGGUGUCUUGAAAGUCCGGGGGAUGUGGGCAGCGGAGCGUGCCUGUAACCUUUACCUCAGCAAGUCGCUUCCCCCAAUUCCUAUAGGCGACUUGUGUCCUGUGCCCCCUCCCUUCUCUGUGUGUUAUCCACUAUCCUGAAUUGAUUAGGUUAGGAAGGAGUUAGGUCAGGAUGGGGGGAGGCUCUUCAACCCCUUUGGCUCUCAUAGUCAAACACUUUCCUGAAGUCUUUGAUACCAGUAUCUGCAAUGUGCAGACCAUGAAGACUAAAUGUUCCUGGGACUGCCCUAGACUUGGGCCCUUAGUAGACUGGCCAGCAGAGGGCACUUUCUAUGGCCCCAUCAUUUCCCGCCUCUGGAAUGUAGUUACAGUAGAAGGCAAUCCCGGAUGCCCUGAAGAUAUUCCUUAUGUGAAAGGGUGAAGGAAAGUGGCAAGUAAUCCGCCACCUUGGGCAAAGAAGUGGGUGGAGAACGCCGCCACGAUUAUGUUAACUCAGGUCAAGAAGACUUCUAAGACAGGCCGUGAAAUAAACCAGAAGGCCAAGAUGCAGCCUGAUCUUGAUUAUACUGUCACCUGGAAACAGAAGGCUGCCUCAGAAGGCCAGGCCGAGAAACCAGAAAAACCUGUUCUAGAAAAUCAACCUGAAGAAUCACCCCCACCAUAUGUGUGUCCUUGCCCACCUUCGGCACCGUUAACUCCGUUACCCCUUAUAACUGAGACGCCAGAAAAAUCCUUGUACCAGCCCUUACCCAGAGAAGAAAGCCAAGGAAGCCCCUUAGAGGAGGGCAUUGAGAAUCCCCGAAGGUCCAUUCGGCUAAUAGAAAAGGGAUUAGGGAAACCCAAUCCCGAGAGUAUUCAUGAAAGAAAUUCCGAAAGCUCUAGAAUCCUGCCUGUUCGUACGGUCCCAGCUAUGAUCCCCGCCCCAGACCCAAUUGAUCCCGGCAAAGUAGCCUAUAAAUCAGUCAAUACUUUCACGUAUGUGCCAUUUAGUUCCUCCGAUUUGCUUAACUGGAAAAAUCAUGGACCAUCAUAUGAGGAGGAACCGGAGAAAUUUGUGGACAUGGUUGAAGGCAUAGUGUCAGCCCAGAACCCCACCUGGUCUGAUAUACAACAGUUACAGGGAUAUUUGAUGACUACUGAGCAAAGAAUGCAAAUUCAGGUCAACUUAGAAGAGGCUGCAGGCAAGAUUGCCAGGCAGGAAGGCGUGAGAGAUGAAGAUCGAACAAUGUAUAUAGCCAGAUAUGCUCCGACUGUGAACCCUCGAUGGGACCUUUCUAGUGGAGCGGACCGCACCGCUAUGCGUCAGUAUCAACAAGCCUUUGUGGAGGCAGUGAAGAAAGGGCGAAAGCGAAUGAUGAACAUGCAAAAGAUCCACGAUGUAGUUCAGGAAAAGGAUGAAAGCCCUGGGGCUUUUCUUGAACGACUUUUUAAGGCAUACCGGAGAUACACCCCCAUUGACCCUGAGGAUGAAAGGAACCGACAGACAGUGGUGCUGGCCUUCGUGUCCCAAUCAGCACCAGACAUCAGAAAGAAGUUACAGAAGGCCGAGGGCUUCGAAGGAAUGCCCCUCAGACAGUUGAAGGUUCUAGCAGAUAAAGUAUUUCUCAAUCGAGAUGUGGAAGAGAAGCGGGAACAAGCGAAACGGAUGAAGGAAAAAGCUAAUCUUCUUGCAGCUGUCCUGAGGCCCCAGGAGUCACGGGAACAAUUCCCACACCCUCGUCCAUCUUUAGGACGUAAUCAAUGUGCAUAUUGUAAAAAGGAAGGCCAUUGGAAAAACUAAUGUUCAGAAAGUCCCCGGGAACAGUGGAGAAGUUAUGGCUGAGGCAUUAGACCCGGCAGAGGCCGAGGUCAGGAAAGGGGACGAGGAGGGCUCAACCAUCAGGCAUUAUCGUCUUCCCAGACGCAGCAGCCUGCUCGGACCAUGACUGCAGAAGACUAUUAUACAGAAGACUGAGGAUGCCUACGGGGCAUUCUGCCUCCCGACCCCGUACUGGAAAUCACUGUGGGAGGCAGGAAAAUCAAGGGCCUUCUGGACUCCGGAGCUCAGCGUUCGGUCCUCAACGUGCUGCCUGCUGAGUUGUCCAUUAAGAAGAAAACCUGUAUACCUGUUAUAGGGGCAGGAGGAUGAAUUCUUCAAUCCCCCAGUUGAACUAGUGUAUAAACAGCAUCACAGUCAAUCAGAGAUGCUCCUCUGGUUUCUCUAAAUUAAUUUAUAAAUUGUGGAUGGUAGUAAAGCAUUUUACUUCCCCAAUGAAAAUUCUUUCUGGACAUUAUCGUCUUUGUUACUGUAAUUAGGAGCCCCCCCCCCCCCAAUUUCACACAUUCUCUGUUUUGGGACAGAUCUUGUACGAAUGAAUAAGUCCUUCAUCACAGUGAAAUCACCUCGCUUUUGUCAGUUAUCCCUGUAAGGUAACAGAGCUUCAGAAUAAGCUUUGCUGGAUCUGUCAUGACACCCCAGACCCUUAAAUUGCACCUCAGGAAAAUGUGCGCUGAAACAAAGACUAAAUGGAUCCAGAUGCUGCUGGUGGCUUUGUUACACAUGAGAUGUACACCUGGAACUAAUGGUCUCACCCCAUAUGAACUGGUUUACGGGAGGCCACCACCUUUGCCUGUGGCAGUGGAUACCCUGGCACUAAGGGGGGAAAUAAACCUAAAGCGCAUUUUAAGAGAGUUAAACCGAACCGUUCUAGAGAUAGGUCAAUACACAGAACAGAGCCCCUUGGGACUUACCACCCCUGUCCACGGAUUCUGUCCUGGAGAUACAGUAUGGGUCAAAAGUUACAAGGAAGAUGCAUUGGGAAAAGUUUGGGAAGGGCCUUUUAUUGUCUUAUUAACUACCCCUACUGCC